AUGGACAUUUUUCCUGGUUACAUUCCACAUCAGCCAUCAAAUACAACUGGCCAAAUGGCUUGUAACAAUUCUUCCUCGAUUUUUUCAGGGAGAUCUUCCUAUUCAACUACUUUUUCACAUUCCUCCACUAUUAACGUCUCCUACGAUUCGCCGAUAGAGCAUUCCACUAACGAGGACAUUGAACACAGAGUCAGCUAUUCCCAGAGAUUGACAAAAACUUUCAACAUAGCCAAAAAUGCCACUAGCAAAAUCAGUGAAGACGAUAAAAAUAGAACAAUUUUACUUUCUUUGAAUGCUGAAAGAAUCGAGACAAACAAUGGGCUAUCGUCGGCAGGAGUCGCCAGUUCAGGAUUCGAUUUCUUAAAGGAAAAAGAGGAAACAAUAAAAUCCUCCGUAAACUCUGUACAAAUGAGACGUGGAGAAGAGGAUUCAGGUGUAGAGAUAACAUACCAUUCAGGCAAUAGUGUCGACAGUGACAAUGAGGAUGACUACGAAGAAAAUGAGGACUAUUAUGAAGAGGGGAUCGAGGAUAUAAGUCAGUAUGAAGAUGAAGGGGAAAUGCAGUGCUGUUUUGGCAUCACGAUAGAUGUGCUAACUCUAAUUCCAAGAAUUAAAGCGCAAACCGCCAAAUACGGUGUGAAGCUGCCUAAUCUUCUGGAGGUGGGGGAAUAUUCUCUGGAAAUCCAAGUGAGUCUGAGACUAUAUUUUAAGCCCAUAUAG